ACAGGCUUAAAGCAAAAAGAUUCCCCAUACAUAACACCAACUCGAUCCUCUUCGAAAGCUUGUGCCGGCUGUACCUAUCUAUGCAGAUAGCAAUAAUGAAGAAGUACCACACCAGUGUCGGAGAUUGACUCUGGGCCCUGGCUACCAGGUAGCUAUUCCUCACCAUCAACAAGCGAACGGUGCUAGCAAGGGUGCCCCGUGAAAUCGGGCUGCGCUCAGAUGAUAAUCGGCGGCCGCCCCAAACACAUUGGCAUGGACUGCUGCUAAAGCAUGGACUGCUCGUUGCACGACACGUCGACCUCUGCGCCCUCAGACCGCGUCCUCACCAGCAACUCUACCGUCACCGCCCUUCCUAAUGAUUCUUCACACUCCCACGUCCCAUCCAUCGAGCACAACUAUGAUUGUGUCAGUGACGCCGAGUCCUCACGACAUCUCGACCCGCAUUGUUAUUCAUCAGUCCGCAUACGGAGGACCGUCGACGUCAACGAUGACAACCUGACAGCUCGUCCGCAACUCCGCAAGAAGCCAAAAUUAACAUCCAGGAGAUCUGAGGCUGAACCGCAGAGUCUUCCUGGUACAUUCGACCCUGGAAUGAGCACGUUGGUAGGCGUACCGAACAUUUCUAGCGGCCCUCCUCUCCACCACCUCUCUCACGAAAGCCCCGAUAAUAUCACCAACAACCUGCGAUCCUCUUCCUCCACCGCCAUCGCGCAGCAACCUCGCCCUUCACUACAGCGAACCAACUCUCAACCCCAGCAAAGAUCUCCCGCACACAAAAGACCGCCAGCGUCGCACAGUAGCUACGGGGUCGAGACGACCUGCGGACCCCCUCCUUCAUACAGUACUCAACGCACUCUGUCACAGGAUAGGGUUUGGACUGUCGGGCGCAAUCCAGAAUUGAGGAUCACGAACGCCGCCCCACGACAGCUGUCGCCUACUAAGGCAAGCGAGUCUGCAACAGAUCCUGAACUCUUCUUGUCAUACCAAGAGGUGGCACCGUCAAGGCAGGACAAUACAACUCCUUCGAGUACGGCGUCCUCGAGAGGCGAGACGAACUUAAAAGGAGAAUCUAGCCCAGAGACGACAGAAACUGCAGAGACACGGAGCCUACUGACGCCCGAUUCCUCUACAAUGAGCAAAGCUCUAGAACCAGCAACUGAGGCUGGAGAAGGCAACGAGCACGACACCGCAGAUCUACAGGGGCUCCAACCGCCCUCCGCCGAUGAAGGCAGUAAAGCAUCGAGUAGUGAGGACCGAAAAAGUGAGGACUUGUUCCUGAAUAUUGCUAAGGCAGACGCGUCUCGGGCGGACCAGUUGCAGUCCCGGGCAGACAGACGACGGUCGAGAAUAUCCCUUCCAUUCUUCAACACCAGUCGGCCGUCCACCGGAUACAAGGCAUCGCCGGAUCCAGAAAGGUUUGAUACUGCCAGUGUUUCGGGCCGGACGGAAGCCUUGAGUUAUUAUAGCAAACGAGCGUCCCUUGGACAACAUGUGCCAGGGGCGUUGUCACGGACAUACACGCAAAGACACCCGGAGCGAAGCGAUGCAUUCGAGGCGCAGCAGCAGACACACAGCAGCCAUGGUGGCCAGGUUUCCAGCCGACCUGUAUCCAGGCGUUAUUCGAAUGCCAAUACCAAUAUCAACCCAGACUCUGGACGUCACCUUGAACGGCCGGGUACUGCUCGCAACAGUCGCUUGGUUUCAGACUCGACGUUCACCGAUCGCACCAAGCUGGUAGAUCACAAUGCUACCGAGUCAACUAUAUCCACCACAGCCCCGUCAACGGUAUGGGACGAGUUGGAUGAUCUGAAGUCCAGGAUCCGAAAGCUGGAGCUGACGGGCAAACUGCCUCCAUCCUCGGCCGCAGCGAUGAACAACACCGAUCGGCCCAAGACGGCCACGACGGCUGCAACCACGAUGUCUUCAAGUCCGAAACAGAAAACAGCAGUCACGUUGCAGUCUGCUAUCGAAGGAAUUCCAUCGACGGUGCACCCGAACCUUCAUGAAGCUCUUGGCAAUGCUAAAGCGGUAGUUAGCAAUGACGUCUAUCAGAAACUACAGGCGACCGCGCAGGAUGCUCUCCAGCUGUCUAUGAUGAUGAACCUUGAAGGAUAUUCAGGCGCCGGUAGCACGGUCGGCGUGUCAUCCGUCUCUGAACGCCAAAUCCGGCGUAGGACUGAGAGCAUGUGCAGAAGCCUGACUGAGCUGGCCAUCGCAAUUCUCGCAGACAGCAAGUCGGCGCAGCAACCUGCCACAAGACCUGUCAGCAGAGAUUUACAUGCGGGCUCUACACUUGCAAGUCUCCGAGGGCGACGGUACAGUAACGAACCUGCCGAACGACCUCCCGUCACUUCAAGGGUGCAGUCUCGACUCGACGGUCGACGAACCAGCAUCGGGGUCGGGAGCCCCUUGAACCCGCAGACAGGCACGCCAGAGUCGAUAUUCCAUACACCGCCUACAGGGUUACCGCAGCUUUCCGCCAGUUCGUCCAGAGCGCGUCGGACGUCCUCUCUGAUUCGCAGCAGAAGAACACCGGGCUAUCUCGAAGGCAACACUGACGACGAAGAGAGCAGUCCUUCGGUGCGACCUGUGAGUCGGGCCAUGACCGAAGUGGGCGCAUACCGACAUGCGGCGAGGGAUCGAGCUGCAUAUUCCAGAGAGUACACGGCGCAACACCCUAUGCCUUUAUCGGUCGAAGCGAAUCAUGCGACGACAGCGCGGAGCUCCAUGCCCUCCAAUUUGGUCUCCCGACGCAAGUAUGCAUCCCCCGCGAGCAGCGUUCCAACGCAGGAACCAAACAACCCUCUUACGCCCAAGGAGCCGUGGGGUCGGAUAUCAGUUGUUUCAGGCGCCGCAAUGUCGAGCCCGAUCGAUCCAGCGACCCCAGACGGCCAUGGCCAGGUAGGCGUUCGAAGUGCAUCAAACUCACGAAGGAGUCUUGGAUUCGCGAGCAGGAUCUCCAGCGUCAGCAGUCGACUUCGGGCUGCCAAGGCUGAGAGGAACCAGAGCACUAACGGUGUCGAGGCUGUGAACGGAGUCGCGGGAGUCGGUGCACGAGGGAUUGCGCCAUUGGAACGGCAAUCGAGCAAUUAUUCCAGUAAUACGACGACAUCCAUCUUGGAAAGACACAAUUCAGGUCCGAGUGUUGCCAGUUAGUGGAAUUGGAACUGGAGCUGGAGCACUACUGGCGGGUGAGGCAACAACUUUGAUCGAGGCGUGAACGGGUCACGACAUCCUACCCCAGAUUUGUAUCAUACUACUACUGUACCAUUCGGAGAUUUCGUUUCCUGUACUACCACCAUCCAUCGUCAUACUUGCGCCUUAUCGCGAGAAAAGAGGCACAGAGCACGAGACAGGUCAGACGAGCGAGCGAGCGAGCAUUGCGACAGAGGACCAUAGGGCUGAUAGAACCAGUGUGCCAGCGUGUCGAACAUGAGUCAAGCUGCCAGAGCAGUGGGCCACAGACUACUCUUCUUUGUAUAACAAUCUUAGUAAUCAUUAGAGGGCAAGCAUCCCUGCAUGAUCUGCAAGCUGUGUGGCACCAUACAAUGUGGGGAUCCAAGUUUCUGACAGAAACCUUUGCGGGUGUUUCUCCUUUUGUCUUAGGAAACAGCAACCUUUGGAAUUGUUGCUCCAG